CUUUCUAUUUCCAUGUCUCGUCUAGGCAACUGUUUCUCUUUAUCAAUAUUUACAUACGUACCAUUUUUACUUUCCUUACAAUCUCUAUUUUCUUCCAUGAUUUCGUGGAAGAAAUUUUAAUAGUUUUAAUAAUUUAAUAAGAUAAAUUCUUAGUGUAAUUGAUAGAGGACAAAAUGGUCUUGACGAACGAUGUUGUUUUGCCGGAAGAAUCGGAACUGACCGUGGAGGAAGUUAAUUUAUCAACUGCUACUUUGAGAGCUGGCUCUUUCCAUUUGGGAAAAUAUUGUGAAAAAGCGAACAAUGAAUUUAUGCUCUGUCGUAUCGAAGAGCAAGAUCCCCGAAAGUGUAUCAAUGAAGGCAAAGUCGUCACAGCUUGUACCUUGGAUUUCUUCCGGAAGGUAAAAAAGGCAUGUGUAGCUGAAUUUAAUCAAUACGCUAAUUGCCUUGACAAGAGCUCCGGGGACUUUGGCUUACAGCACUGCCGUAAGACUCAGGGUGUAUUUGAUAAAUGUAUGCUCGAAAAUUUAAAUCUGGAACGUCCCCCAUUCGGCUACUUCUGUGAAGCGAGAGUUCACGACACUAAAAGACCUAAACCCGCUGUUGAAGAAAAGGCCGUCUAUCCAGACGCAACCCCAACUCUGCCUGAUGACGCUGAAAGGAAACCCGCGCGCUUCGGUUCCCGACUGUACUGGAUGACCGAAUAAUUGCAACAUUUUAGUCACGCGAGUGAGACAGCAUACUAGAAAAAGCGAAAUAUUUCGCUCUAUUAAAAAAGAAAGUAAAAAACAUCCGAAAAGUUUUUAAACUGUUUUAUUUUUCUUGUUUCAAAUCACAUAAUCAAGAAAUAAAAGAUGUUUUUUUUUAAGGUAUUUAAUUUUUUCAUACAUCUGCUGUUUUACUUUUUAUUCAUGUUAGCAAUUUAAAUAAUUUGUAGUGUAAUAAAAUGUUGGCAAUA